CAUUUUUUGUCUAUGUCAAUUUCAGAGAAUCGAAGCACCUGGACUCCUGAUGCGAUCUAACCAAUGACAUUGAGUUUUGCCGAUCUUGAGACUGAGACAAUUUGCUUGACAAAAUGAAAAGUUCCAAUUAUUAAGUUAAAGAUGUUAAUAUAUAAACAAUACAUUUACACGGUGCUGAUGAUUUUACCAUUUAAUUUACUGGACAUUGAGGGUGCUUCUCAAACUGACUAUAAACACGUGGAUUGUCGAUAUCACUUUCACUAUCACCCCUUGUCUUGGAUGGAAGCGUAUAACGUUUGUGAAGGCAAUAACCAAACAUUGUUAAAACUGGAUAAUGCAGCUGAACACACGCUUUUCAGUUCACUUGCCCGUUCCAGAAUUAACGUGAUACUGUCAUCAACCGUAGAAUCCAUGUGGAUCGGACUAAGUGCCACCUCCAAGGAUGGAAAUAUGUAUCAUGUAUGGCCAGAUUGUACACAAAUGACUUCUAGUGUAGGAUUUAAUCCUUGGCCGAAUCUUGUAGAGGCCCAGAAAGAGGGAUGUGUGAUGUUAAAUCCUUCAUUAAAUUCCUACUCAGUAAGAGAUUGUUCUAGUUCAUUUGAGUAUGUCUGCGAAGAAACAACUACAGAUCCAGCUCAAUGUUUUUAUCCAAUGACAGACGCAAAUGUUAAACAAUUCUUUCAAGUAAAAGACAUUCACCAAAUAGAUGAGUCCUCUUGCGCCCAGUUAUGCCAUUCAGUUUCCCAUUGCGCAGGCGUAAUGGGGAACUCUGCCACUUGCUCAAUAUUCACUACUCUAACAAAUGCAUACGCCACACCAGGUCGUGGAAUCGUAUAUGCUCAUACUUUAAUAAACUGGAGUCAGUACUCAACUCUAAAAUCUACUGUUCCACCUGCGGAGAUAUGUAGUAUGUCAUUCCCCACCGAUAUCACAAUGGCGUCCAGUGCAAUUUCCUACUCGUCAUCAGAAUAUUUGUUCUCGUCAGUGCUAAAUGUUGAUACAACAGGAUCAAUUAUUUCGCAUACUUCAACAGAAAUGUCCAUAUCAUCACUAUCAGUUGUCCCAGUGUCGUCAUCUGAAACUCUUUAUCCUUCAUCAGAAUCUAUUUUUUCAACAAUCUUAGGUGUUGAUUCAUCAACACCACCACUGGAACCAAGUAUAACUUCACAAAUGUCAUCAGAUUCGUCCAUAUCAAGCACUCCUGCUUUGCAAACUUCAGUAGAAUCAAUAUUUUCUUCCCCAGAUAUUCUUGCCUCGUCAUCUUCCUAUUGUAAUUGUCCGUGUAGGACGGUACACAAUAUAACGUACACACCCGAGGAGCUCCAAAAGAAAUUAGAACAAAUGAAAGCAGAACUGACAAUUGAAGCAAAGGAAACCAGUAAAUACAAAAGAACACUUAUCAGUGUACCAGACCAUCGGCCCUCGGCCCGCGGUAUUGGGAGCGUGGGAAUUCUUAUUUUAUGUACUAUUAUUAUCCUGCUUGUGGCAUUUGAUUUCCCACGUGCUGCCCACCAUACUCUGAUAAUCGUCAAAUGUGCAAAAGAAAAACUUAACACAAAAACAAGUAACCAUAGCACAGAUUUAUAAUUUUAUUAUACUUCUCUUGCAAUGUUACAACAUUUACAUGUAUUUUGAAAACAAGGCUAUAUGACAUUGGUAGAAUAUUUAUAAUAAUUAUAUCUUCACUUUAAAUUCUCUUUUCGUCAUUUCCUCCACAAUUUUUACCUGUAAUUUCUUGGAAUGAUCUUUUUUAUG